AUGGAAACGGAGCAGGAAGAGCGCGCCAGCAGCCCCGCCCCCUCCGCCGCACGCGCACCGGGAGCGGCAGCGCGCGCCGUCUUGAUCCAGAAGCUGCAUCCUGUCAUCGCGCCGUCGGUCCGGACCGUCCGAACCGGCCCCACCUCCUCCAGCUUGCUGACUAAGGCUCUGUCUCUUGAGUCGUCCUGUUCACCAUGUGGCAUCCAGGGGGGGCUGGAGGCAGACGUUCCUCAGCUGCUGAGCUCAAACAAAGGGCCCAGUUUUCCAGAGGAAGGGGCAGAGCUUGUAGAGUGUGGUGGCUCAGUGUUUGACACAAGCCCUCUGCAGCUGCCAGUGACCACAUUAACUGCACCAACCAGGAGUCGUCCACCACUGUUGGGGCCCAAACCUCAGGUUCCUCCCAAACCCCUCCACCUCCAACAGCUGGCAGGAGUGCCGAGAACCCGCCCUCGAGUUCCAGACAAACCCCUCCCACCCCCGCCACCCGGCAGAGCCGUCUCAGCAGACCUGCAUGGGGGCCGACGACCCCCCCUCUACGCAGAUGGCACUGCGUCCCCCACCUGCGUUCUGUCACUCAUUGAGAAGUUUGAGCGGGAGCAGAUCAUUGUGGUGCCUGAUUUAACUGGGGGGGCCUUGUAUCCCCGUCCACUCGACCCAUCCUCUCCACGACCUUUAUCACCACCAUUAUCUCCCUCACUCUCCCCUUCGCCACCGGAGGAGGAGCUACCAUGUGAGGCCACAGGAUAUGAUAUUACAGAAGGAGGGGGGAGCAAGGGGGGAGGGGAGGAGUUGUGUGACAAACAUGAUGAUGAUGAGGAGGAAGAGGAGGAGGAGGAUGAAGAACUAUUGGCAGCAUGUUGUGACAACAUCAGUCAGAAGCAUUUGCCCAUGGAGAAACAGUCGGAGGAUGAUGCGGUUGCUGUGAAAAUCAGGGAUCAACAGCCGCCACUGCUGCUCGACCAAUCAGAGCUCCCCUCUGAGCGUCUGUCCCUCCCCUCCUCUCAGACCGAUGGCAAAUUGGCCAAUCGGGACAGUGGCAUUGACAGUAUUAGCUCGCCGUCACACAGUGAGGAGCUCUGCUACGCCAGCGUGGAUGAUGGGGGCAUGGCCUGUCCGUGCAGUCCCGCCCUGUUUCCCCAUCUCUCAAGUUCAUCCUCCUACGCUGGAGAGGGAGGAGAUGGGGAGGAAAGGGAGUCAAGGGGAGGAGCAAGGAAGAGAAGAGAAUUUUCUGAGGAGGGAGACAGUGACCUAGAGGAGGAGGCAGAGCUUACUUUUGUGCUUGCCCCGCCCCAAACUGACAGACAAGACUCUGCUGAGCUGUCUGUCCAUCAGAGAGUCUUCAACAUCGCUAAUGAGCUGCUGCACACUGAGACUGCCUACGUGUCGAAGCUCCACCUACUGGACCAGGUUUUCUGUGCCAGACUGCUAGAUGAAGCUCGGUCUCGCUACACCUUCCCCUGUGAUGUUGUUCAGAGAAUCUUCUCCAACAUCUGCUCCAUCUACUGUUUCCACCAGCAGUUCUUGCUGCCAGCACUGCAGAAACGCAUGGAGGAGUGGGACUCAAACCCACGAAUCGGUGAUAUCCUGCAGAAACUGGCUCCCUUUUUGAAGAUGUAUGGGGAGUAUGUGAAGAACUUUGACCAGGCCAUGGAGCUAGUGAACACCUGGAUGGAGAGGUCAUCUCAAUUCAAGGCCAUCAUCCAGGAGAUCCAGAAAGAGGAGCGUUGUGGCAAUCUGACCCUGCAGCACCACAUGUUAGAACCAGUUCAAAGGAUUCCACGCUACGAGCUGCUGCUCAAAGAUUACCUACACCGACUGCCAGAGGAUGCACCAGAUUGCAACGACGCCAAGACAGCUUCCUCAUUCGUUCCUGAACACAACACAAAGCCACACGUCAGGGUCUCAGGAGACACCAUGAUGGAGCUGGAAGUUCCUCCUCCACUUUUUCAUGAGUCUACAACAGAUGUUAAAUCCAACCACAUCAUCCUCAAGGAAAAACUGCAGAAGGUGGAGCGACAGGAGGUGGAGCUACAGGAAGUGAAGCUACAAGAGAUGAGGCUGAAAUGGACGACGGAGGAGAAGAAUGACUGGAUUCAGGCCAUCCGGGCCACGGUCCAACGCUACGAGGAUACAGCAGAGAGCUUCAGACAGCUGAACUAUCCUCUGCGAGAUGAGGAGUCUACUCCGCCUCACUCCCCAAGUUGUGUGGAGUUGGGGAAACGAGCUCCAACUCCGAUCAGAGAGAAGGAAGUGACGCUAUGCAUGAAGUGCCAGGAGCCGUUUAACUCCAUCACCAAGAGACGGCACCACUGCAAGGCCUGCGGACACGUGAUUUGUGGGAAGUGUUCGGAGUUUCGUGCUCGUCUGUCAUAUGACAACAACCGGACCAACCGUGUUUGUGUGGACUGCUAUGUGACUCUGGUGGGAGCAUCUCCAUCACCUGGUGGUCUGAGCAGCAGCAGCAGCCAGAGGCGGCGCUCCAUUCUGGAGAAGCAGGCCUCGCUAGCAGCCGAGAACAGCAUAAUCUGUAGUUUUCUUCACCUUAUGGAGAAAGGAAGUGGGCGGAGUUGGCAAAAAUCAUGGUUUGUCAUCCCUGAAAAUGAACCACUGGUGCUCUACAUCUAUGGAGCUCCACAGGUAAGUUUUCACUUUAUAGGCUGGAUUUAUUUGACUGUAGGUACACUGAGAAACCAGCUGAAGACUUGCUGA